AUGCUUCCGCUGGGCCUCCUCACCGCGGCGCAAGGCCAUCCGAUGCUCGUCGAGCUCAAGAAUGGCGAGACGCUUAACGGCCAUUUGGUGAAUUGCGACACGUGGAUGAAUCUGACGCUGAAGGAAGUCGUCCAGACGAGCCCUGAGGGUGACAAGUUUUGGCGGCUACCAGAAGUUUACAUCAGAGGCAACAAUAUCAAAUAUCUAAGGGUACCCGAGGAAAUCAUCGAUCUUGCGAGAGAGCAGCAACAACAAAAUCAGCAAGGUGGUCACGGCCAACGUGGUCGCGGUGGCCAGCAACGAGGAGACUCAGGCGCCAGAGGAGAUCGAGGGCGUGGCCGUGGCAGAGGUGGAGGUGGCCGCGGCAGGGGACGGGGUCAGAGUUGA